AAGGAGUUAAGUCAGCCCUAAAUGUCAAGCUGCAGGUUUUAUUUCAGUUCUGGUUUUGCUCUUUGGUUUCUUUUGUCUCUUGCAAGAUAAAGUGAGGGCACUCCAGUCUAACGUUUCUGUAGCACCCCCAUCCAAACCCCCCUUCACUAGGAAGGUGACAUCUGUGAAAGGUCACCCAGGAAAAGGUUGCAUUACUUUGGAUUGGUGCAGAGAGGCUUACAUGGAGAGAGCCAGCUGUAAAGAGGAGACCUCACCUUCACAGUGCUUCUUUAGGUGGGCUGGCUAAGAUGUCCGCACCAUACACUCUGAAUCCAGCAGGUCUGAGUGAGGACGUGGCGCCGCUGCCUGAGCAGAUCUUACACUGGUGAACUGGGUAGCAGCUCAGAUACACCAUCUGCAUGGGGAAUUCAAACUGGAGGUGAAAGCAUUAAAGAAGAUGUCUUCCAGAUCUGCAGAUUCCUGACCGUCGGUCACCUCUGCUGAACACCAUCUGCUCCCCUAGUACUACACCAUACCCCAAUAAAGCUGAUCUGUAUUUUCAACUGAGUUCUCCAUCGAGCCGUGGAAAUUACCAUGAGGUCUGAAUGCACUAGGAUUGCUAGAUAGAGGAUCAGAAAACUGGUUUAAAACAAAGGUAAACCUGAUGUCUGACUAGAUAAGGUCAAGCACAAAAUCAGAACAUAAAGCUGAAGUUGAGCAUUUUUUAAUGAAAUAUCGCAGGGAACAUCACAAAAUCAGUUGUACGUGACUAAAAGGAAAUUACUGUGCAAAACGAUCAGAAAAUGUAUGCGAACUCUGCGAUCACUAGGAAUGCCCAGUGAGUAACUGAUGAUGGGAUGCCACCCCAUAAAUGAACUGUACAAUCCACCCCAUAGCAGUUACCUUUUGGAGCAGCACAUGAUGGUAUUUCCAGGGUCUUAAUAACACCGCCCAAAUUAGAUGCACAGCCCCCUCAAUUCAGAAAAUGUGCACCCCUGGAGAAGGCAUACAGUUUGAUGUAACUCCGUUGCGCAAGUCCGCACAUUGAAAUAUUAGUGAAGUGCACAUGUGCUCAUAAAUUAUAAACCCCCUGAAAUGCAAAGUGAACGUGCACACCCAGGGUGACACCUGCAGAGAGAGUUAGAGAGAAACAUGACGGCUUCGAGCUCUCUUGUAAUCAUUACUCUCCCCAUCUCACUGAACUUUGUCACGCCUUUAGAGAAUUGAAUGUAGCGUGUAAACUUCCUGGCACAUUCAGUCCAGUGUUUCACCUCAGAGGCUUCACACGUCUGCUGCUGAGGUAUAAGUGGAUAUUCAGGCUUCAGCAGAUGCUGGCACCUUGGAGACAGAGUGCCUGAACUCUCCCUCUCUUUUCUGGUUCACUUUAUUUCUACAAGAGACUCGGAAGCCAAAAUGGCAGAUGCCAGUGCCACCGUGGUAAUGGGAAACCAGGGCGCCACUCCUCCUCCACCAUCUGCAGACACCAUGGCCAUCAACAAUGCAGCUGAUAUUUCUGUGAUCGUGAUCUACUUCAUCCUGGUUUUGGCCAUUGGCAUUUGGGCAAUGGUACGGACCAACCGCGGUACCGUGGGUGGAUUUUUCCUGGCGGGACGAAGCAUGGUUUGGUGGCCGAUCGGUGCCUCUCUGUUUGCCAGUAAUAUUGGCAGCGGUCACUUUGUUGGUUUGGCUGGGACAGGAGCAGCGGCUGGGAUUGCAAUUGGAGGCUUUGAGUGGAACGCCCUGAUGAUGGUUCUUUUCCUCGGAUGGAUGUUUGUUCCCAUUUACAUUAAAGCUGGGGUGGUGACCAUGCCUGAAUACUUAAAGAAGCGAUUUGGUGGUCAGCGCAUUCGAAUCUACCUCUCCAUCCUGUCCCUAAUGCUGUAUGUCUUCACCAAGAUCUCGGCGGACAUGUUUUCUGGCGCCAUCUUCAUCCAGCAGGCUUUGGGUCUGGACAUUUACCUGGCUGUCUUCCUCCUGCUGCUGAUUACUGCCUUGUACACUGUAACAGGAGGUCUGGCUGCUGUCAUCUACACUGACACUCUGCAGUCCAUCAUUAUGGUUGGGGGUGCCUUCGUUCUACUGGGCUUUGCCUUCAAUGAAGUUGGAGGGUAUGAUGCCUUCACUACAAAGUACAUGGAGGCCAUUCCCAGUAUCACCACUGAAGUCGGCAUCAACAUUAGCGAAAAGUGCUAUACACCACGACCUGACUCUUUCCACAUUUUCCGAAACGCUGUUACUGGAGACCUCCCAUGGCCGGGACUCAUCUUUGGGCUGUCCAUCAUUGGUAUAUGGUACUGGUGUACUGACCAGGUAAUUGUUCAACGAUGUCUCUCUGCCAAAAACAUGUCCCACGUGAAAGCUGGCUGUAUUCUGUGUGGCUAUCUCAAACUGUUGCCCAUGUUCCUCAUGGUCUUUCCGGGGAUGAUCAGUAGGAUUUUGUACCCAGAUGUGGUUGCUUGUGUAGCUCCAGAACAGUGUAAGGCCAUCUGUAACGUACCUGUCGGCUGCAGUAACAUUGCAUAUCCCAGACUGGUCAUCAAACUAAUGCCAGAUGGGUUGCGAGGUCUGAUGCUGUCUGUGAUGUUGGCGUCUCUCAUGAGCUCCCUGACCUCCAUCUUCAACAGUGCCAGUACUCUGUUUACCAUGGACAUUUACGCCAGGAUUCGAAAGCAGGCUUCUGAGAAGGAGCUCAUGUUGGCCGGAAGGAUUUUUAUCCUCUUCCUCAUUGGUAUCAGCAUUGCCUGGAUCCCAAUCGUUCAGGCAGCUCAGGGGGGGCAGCUGUUUGACUACAUUCAGUCCAUCACCAGCUACCUGGGCCCUCCGAUCGCCUCAGUCUUCUUAUUGGCGAUCUUCUGCAAACGUGUCAAUGAGCAGGGUGCCUUUUACGGCCUGAUCAUCGGCCUGCUGAUCGGACUUUCGCGGAUGAUAGCCGAGUUUUCCUUUGGCACGGGAAGUUGUGUGCAGCCCAGCCAGUGCCCCUACAUCAUCUGUGGUAUUCACUACCUCUAUUUUGCCCUCAUCCUCUUUGGAGUCUCCUGCAUCAUUGUGAUCUCUGUCUCCCUGAUGACCAAACCUAUUGAUGACAAGCAUUUGUACCGCUUGUGUUGGAGUUUGAGAAACAGAACAGAGGAACGAGUGGACUUGGAAUGUGACAUCCUUGAAGCUCAAGAGGAACCUCCACAAAUGAACACUGAAGAAAACGCUCCGGCAGAACCCCCUGGCUGCUUCAGAAAGUUCUACAACUGGUUCUGUGGAUUCAAUCAAGGUCCAGCUCCUACACUGACCCAAGAGGAGAAGGAGGCCAUGGAGAAGAAGCUCACCGAUACCAGUGAGGUACCAUUCUGGAGAAGUGUGGUCAAUGUGAAUGCUGUCAUCCUGCUAGCUGUGGCUGUGUUCUUCCAUGGCUUCUAUGGUUGAUUUUCUGUCAUCUGAUAUUAAAGUGCUCAACCUUUUUGAGCCAAUCAGCAGGUGUUGGGGAUAGGCACCAUGGACUUGGAAGCUGCAAGCACCUUAGAACAAUUUAACAACGGGGGCUAAUUUAUUAGUAGUACAGUACAGGUUUUAAUGUAAAGUCAUCAUUACAGGUUUGAUUGAAUGUAUGAACCAUACAUAAUAAUAUUUGUUACAUGAGUUAAUGUAAUACAAAUAAUGAAUAUAUGCAAAUUUUAACAAAUAAUAA